UUGAAUUUUCUCUUUGCCAACGAGUGGCUGCCGACGUUCUUAUCCAACGCAAAGGACCUGCCGGGUUUCUACUUUCUAGUGGUCUAUCACAUCCUAAGUCAGUCUCACGGCCGUGUGUAGAUCGAGAGCGAGGAGAGGUCCAGCUAUGGAGAUCGCUACCGAGGCCAUGAGCGCCCUCCUCCCAAAGCUCGGUGAGCUGCUCAAGGAUGAAUACAAUCUGGACAGGCAUGUGAGGAAAGGCGUCAAGUCUCUUCAGACCGAGCUAAGUCUGAUGCAUGUCGCCCUCCGCAAGGUGGCCGGUGUGCCGUCCGACCAGCUCGAUGAGCAGGUCCGGAUCUGGGCGGGUGCGGUGAGGGAGCUGUCAUGCGACAUGGAGGACUCCGUCGACGAUUUCAUGGUGCGCGUGGAGCAGAAUCAAGAUCGUCAACCUGCCAGCGUGGGUAGAGUCAUCACGUUCCUCAGCAUGAUCAAACGACUAUUCGUCAAGGGCAAGGAUCUCCAUCAGAUCUCGAAUGCCAUCCAAGAAGCCCAGGACCUCGCCAAGGAGUUGACGGAGCAACGUCAAAGGUACGAGCUUGACAUCCCUAGCACCAGUACUGGCGCUACAGUUGACCCUCGCAUUAUAGCUCUAUACAAAGAUGUGGUGGAGCUUGUUGGCAUUGACCACACGAGGGAUGAGCUGAUUGGGAAGUUGAUUGGUGUCGACGAGAUGUCUAAUGAGAAGCAACUGAAGACAAUUUCCAUUGUUGGCUUUGGAGGGUUGGGAAAGACAACUCUGGCCAAAGCAGUCUAUGAUAAGAUCAGGGUGCAGUUUGAUUGUGCGGCUUUUGUGUCUGUUGCUCAGAAUCCGGAUAUAAGGAAAGUUCUCAAGGAUCUACUCUAUGAACUUGAUAAGAAAAAGUUCAGCGAUAUACAUAAUACAGCAAGGGAUGAAAAGCAACUCAUCGAUGAACUCGGUGAAUUUCUUGUGGACAAGAGGUACUUGAUCAUAGUCGAUGAUAUAUGGGAAGAGAAGACAUGGAGAUAUAUGAAAUGUGCUUUCUCUAGAAACAACCUUUGCAGUCGAAUAGUUACAACAACUCGUAAGAUCAGUGUCUCUGAAUCAUGCCUCUCUACCAAUAAUGACAUAAUUUAUACAAUGAAACCUCUAUGUGAUGGGGACUCCCAGAUACUUUUCUACAGAAGAAUAUUUCAACAUGAGAAUGGAUGUCCACCGGAGCUACAUGAAGUAUCGAGAGAUAUCUUGAAGAAAUGUGGGGGUGUACCACUAGCCAUUAUUACCGUGGCUAGUCUUCUAGUUAGUAAUCAACAGAUAAAGCAGAAGGAUGAGUGGUUCCAUUUGCUGAAUUCUAUUGGCCAUGGGGUUACAGAAGUUGCUAUUGCUGAGGACAUGAGGAGGAUAUUAUUGCUUAGUUAUUAUGAUUUGCCUUACCACUUGAAGGCAUGUCUAUUAUAUCUAAGCAUAUUUCCAGAAGACUUCAAGAUUAAGACAGGCUGGUUGAUAAGGAGAUGGCUCGCCGAAGGUUUUGUUCAGUGUGAGAGAAAAGAUUGUAGCCUAUUUGAGAUCGGGAAGAGUUACUUAAAUGAUCUCAUAAAUAGAAGCUUGGUUCGGCCAGAAGAAAUCAGUGAUGAUGGCAUAGUAAAAUCUUGCCGUGUGCAUGAUAUGGUGCUUGAUCUUAUCUGUUCUUUAUCAUCCCAAGAAAACUUUGUUGCUGUAUUGGAUAAUAUUGAGCGACGGACGCCUAAUUUUCAAAACAAGGUUCGCAGAUUAUCUCUUCACAGUAGCAAUGUCAAAUUAGACAACUACCAGCUUGAUGCCAGUAGCAUGUCAAAAGUGAGGUCCUUUGUUACAUUUUGCCCUCCUACUUGUGAUUCAUUGCCAUCUCUCUCGAGCUUCCGAUUCUUACGUGUCCUGGACCUAGGAAAUUCUGGUGGCCAGAGCGGUGGCCAUUGUGUCAGCCUCAAGUAUGUUGGGAAAUUACUUCACCUAAGAUACCUUGGACUAAUGAAUGCGGAUGUUGAUGCACUCCCAAUGGACAUAGGCAAUCUACGGUUUCUGCAAACACUGGACAUAAGGUCAACUUGCAUAAAACAAUUACCAGCAACCGUUGUUGAGCUAAGACAGUUGAUAUAUCUACGUGUUGAUCCAGGAACAAGACUGCCUCCAGGAAUGGGCAACUUGACAUCCCUCGAAGUGAUGAAACGAGUGAUGCCACACUUAUCACCUCACGUUGUUCAAGAGCUAAGCCAUCUGACUGAGCUGAGGGCACUCACUAUUGACUGGUACGACAUGGAGGAGGGUCUGAACAAAGCUUUGGUAGAGUCUUUGGGCAAGCUGCGCAAAUUGCAAUAUCUGAAUAUUUACUGUGGUAGCGGAUUGAUGGACCUCCUGCGUGAAGGCUGGGUGCCCCCUCGAUCCCUCAUUACUUUUCACUCAUGGGAGCAAGGGAUUCGGUUCUUCCUCAAGUUGCCCAAAUGGAUCAACUCAACAGCCCUGCCCCUCCUCUGUUGCCUGACGAUAGACGUGGAUGAGGUGCAAGGCGAUGACAUCCAGAUCAUCGGGACGCUGCCCUCUCUCCGCUCUCUCAGCCUGCGUGCACUCCGCGCGGUGGGGACGCUGGUUGUGAGGGGCGAUGCAUUCCCACGUGCAAGAGAGUGCAUAUUCAUGUUCCCGCUGUUCCCGUCUCUGUUCCCGGCCGGAGCCAUGCCAAUGGUUCAGAGGCUUACCUUCUCCGUAUCGGCGCGGUCCUUUGCCGGUGGCGAUGUCGACUGCGGCAUGGGCCAUCUCCCUUCCCUUGAGAGAAUCACGGUUCAUCUGUUGUUGCAUGAUGACCAUGGUAAUCGUGUCGCCAGUGAUGAGGUGCGGGAUGUAGCCAAGGCUGCGCUGAAGCAUGCAGCGGAUGCCCAUCCCAAUCAUCCGACCAUUGAAAUCUUAUGAGGGGAUGCCUCCCCCUCCAUCAGGUCUACCCCAUCCCUGAACUCCGUUUCCUCUAAUAUUGCCUCUCACCAAAGUGUCUGAUUAUAUAUGUUAUUCGUCACCUUGGGUGGGGAAUAGUUAUUCUUCAUUCCCUUCUAUUUUAACAUCAAUACAUCGUAAUUUUACGUUGUCUAAAUUUUA